AUGGUUGAAUUAGGGGUGAAACUAGACUCUAGUAAUAUUAAGUCAGAGGACAAUAAUAUAAGUUAUAUAAAUUAUGAUAAAAAAUCCGUUAAAGAGAAAAACUUUUACAGUAAAAAUAGAAACGACAAUAAUUAUUUUAGACCUAAUAAUAAUUUUAGAAAUGAUAAUAAUUUUAGAAAUAAUUAUGAUAACAGAAAUAGAAAUGGGAAUUACAAUAACAAUUUUAGAUACAAUUAUGGUAAUAAUAAUUCGAGAUACCACGAUAAUUAUAACAAUUAUAACUACAACAACUAUCGCUAUAACAAUAAUAAUCAAUCGAAUUAUGGUAGAAAUAAUACAUGGUAUAAUAAUAAUCAAAGAAAACAAAUCCAAUACGGUGACGGAAAUCGUAACAAUUACCAAUCUUAUUACAACAAUUCAAAUAAUUAUAGAGGUAAUGAUAAUAAUCAGAGAAAGCAAAUACAAUAUAACAACAACUCAUAUAUUUAUAGAGGUGGCGAGGAAAAUAAUAGAAAGCAAAUACAAUACAACAAUGAUUACAACAUGAAUAUUGAAGAAAUUAUUGAAGAGAAAGUGGACUCUACAAAGAACAAAGAUGAUAAUGAUUUUAAUGUCAACAAUUUAUCUGGUGAUAUGCUUAAUGACAAAGAUAACGCAUUUAUGACUACUUUAAAAGUGAACGAUAUUGUUACUUGUAUGCAAGUUGACACUGGUUCCAAACACACUAUUAUACCCAGUGGCGUAGCUAGGAAUUUUCCUUAG